AUGGCUCCUUCAGUGAACGAUAAAAAAGCAAGGAAUAGAAGGCGGAAGAAGAGAAGGACAGAAGAUAUAUCUUCUGACCUGGACUCAGAUUCAUCUUCGUCUUCGUCAACAUUCCAAGGAGAUGACGCACCUGACCAGCAGGACUCUGAAGACCGAAAAGAUACCAAUAUCAACAUAAAUGAUAUUGAUGUUCAUUCUGAUAACGAAGAAUUAGGUGGGUCUAUUCGCAAUGAACCACUUUCAAGGGAGGUGCUGGAGAAAGUGAAAAGCAUCAAAUUUACCUCAAUAGAGAACCAAUCUCAGGCAGAAGCCCAGGAGACGUUGAAAAAGGAUAGCCAGCAGCUUGAUAACGAGUACUUAGCCCUCAUGGCAUCUUCAUUUGCCAAUGAUAUAGACGAGCUUCGAAAGAAACCCGAUUUCACUGACAAGUCCAUAGUCAUGCUAGCUAAAACGCUACAAUCUGGGAGCAACAUGUUUGAUGAAGACUCCCUCGACGCCAUCUUAAAGAAAUAG